AUGGCCCCAUCUCCAUCCCUCCCUCUUCUCCUCCUCCUCUUCCUCUUUGCCGCUGUUGCCCCUGCCAGCAGCGAUGAACCCAAGGAGAAGAUGACCCACCUGCACUUCUACUUUCACGUCUACUACGGCGGCCCCAACGCGACCACCGUCACCGUUGUCAGCCCCCCCGGCAGCAGCACCUUCGGGAGCAUCGCGGUGGGCAACAACAUCCUGAAGGAAGGGCCCGAGUCGAGCUCGAUGCUCAUCGGAAGGACGUACGAUCUUACCGUGCAGGCGUCCAUAGAAAGCCCGUCGGCGUACCUCUAUAUGUUAAACUUCGUGUUCACCUCCGGCGAGUACAACGGGAGCAGCAUCUCCAUCGUCGGCAAGGAGGUGGUCGGCGAGACGAUGGAGCGAACCAUCGUCGGAGGGACCGGCAAAUUUCGGAUGGCAUGGGGCUACACUAUCAGCAGGCUCAUCAGCUCAACCGGAACCACCGAAUUGUUUCUUGUAUACGAGCACGAUUCUUAUAUCUAUCACCACUGA